ACAUCUCACUAAUAUACGAGCAGCCAGUGAACGCACCAUCAGAGCAGCCAGUGAACGCACCAUCAGCAGAGCGCAGACGGGAUUAUUUCAGAAAGCAGAGUGGUCUGCUUUAAGGAGAAGAUGCGUCUCAUCGCAGUGCUUGUCCUUCUGGGGACAGGACUGACGGUAAAAUGCGAGAAACAUUCCCUCACCUACAUCUACACGGCCUUCUCCAAACCAGUUAAACUCCCGGGCAUCCAUCAAUUCACAGCCAUGGGUCAGAUAGACGGCAGGAUGAUCGACUACUUCGACAGUGAUCUCCAGAAGAAAGUUCCUAAACAGGACUGGAUGAGAAAGGGACUGGACAAAGACUACUGGGAUAGAGGAACACUGUCCCGUCAGAUCAAGGAGAUGUGGUUCAAAGUCAACAUCAACAUCCUGAAGGAGAGGAUGAGACAGAAUGACUCUGACGUCCAUGUUCUCCAGUGGAUGGUUGGCUGUGAAGCUGAGUCAGAGCCUGGUGGUGAUAUUAAGUUUGUUCGUGGCAUGUACAGGUUCAGCUAUGAUGGAGACGACUUCCUGUCCUUCGAUGACACCCACUCAGUCUGGGUCGCCCCGACUGAAGCAGCAGUCCCAACCAAGAGGAAGUGGGAUGAUGUCCAGGUCCUGAAAGAAUACACCAAAGGCUACCUGGAGAACGAGUGCAUGGAUUGGCUGCGCAAGUUCAUGACUUAUGAAGAAGUGCAGCUAAAGAAUGCCUCUCCUCCAAAGGUGCACGUGUUUACAAAGAACACCUAUGUUGAGGCAAACCUCCUUUUGACGUGCCUGGCCACAGGUUACUACACAAAAGACAUCCUCCUACAGAUCAAGAGAAAUGACCACAUUCUGGAAGCAGACGACGGAUUGUUUUCCUCGGGCUCUCUACCAAAUGGAGACAACACCUUCCAGAGGAGAGACUCGCUGGAGAUUUUAAAGAGCGACCAGUCUAAAUACACCUGUAUCGUGAUAGAUAAAGCAUCCAAAGUAACGGUUACGAGGGUUUGGGAUCAUAAAGCUCCUGACUUCCCUGUCGGACCUUUCUUUGGUGGGGCGAUUACAGUCCUCCUGGUUGAGGCUGUGAUCGGGCUCGGUGUACUGCUCCUUGUCUUGUAUAAGAAAGGCAAACUCUCGUCCGAAGUCCCUCUCAACAGCAAGAUCUCAGGCUCUGGUGGCUCUGGGGUCACUUGGUCCAAAGGAUCUCUCGACAGUAGCGGCACUGGCUUCACCGCUGGCACCGCUGACUCUGGAGUCUCUUUUUAA